GUCACAUCGUAUGGUGGCAUUUAAAGAAGAUUGGCCAUUUGUAACAUUGUCGGAAUUCACGUGUUGCUGUCGAGACGAUAUUACUGUGUGAUUACGAUAAUUUACUCUCAGUUAAUGUUUAUGCGUCGGCUGUAGAACACCUUGUUCAAAGUAUUACCCUAUUUUGAUAAAAAUAUCGAGUGCAGAUAUCUAUGAUUAAAAAAGUGUACACAAUCACUUUUGUUUGUUUUCUACGAAGGAAUUGUUAUUUAGGCUGUGAAGUUUUUUUUUUAACUUUCUGUUUGUGCUCCGAAAACUAUUGAAAAUAACACACACUCAUCACUCGAGUAUAGGAGCCACAAGAGAUAAGCAUCACAUAAAAAAUGAAGAUAUAGAUAAGAAAAUAACCACACGACACAUUAAAAGGACCAAAAAUGGUUCAGACUAUACAAAACAUUAUCCAAAAUGGGAUCAGUGAUGUUAAAAAAGAGGACGUGUUAUCUAAACUAAUUGGUCAAUUCGGAACAUGGCAGUUUAUUGUGGUUUCAACUGUGAGUUUAGUGAAACUAUCCUCAGGUUGGGUUCAACUGGCCAUUCUAUUCCUCACGCCAGCUUUAACAUUCAGGUGUGUUCAAUUCGAUGAAUCCACAACAAAUGUAACUUUGUCAGUUGAAAAUUCAACGUGCUACGCGAACUGUCUGGCAUAUGAAUAUGAUACAGGACAAUUUGGUAACACGAUAGUGUCAGAAUGGGAUUUGAUAUGUGACAAGAAAUGGUUGGCGAGUUUCACACAGAUGAUGCUUCAAUUGGGAAUACUUGUCGGCAGUGUCAUCUUUGGUUUCCUGGCUGAUAGGUUCGGCCGCAAAAUCACUUUCCUCAUUUCAGUGACGACAGUAAUGGUUGUUGGAUUUGGAAUACCAUUCUCUCCGAACUAUGAGGUGUUCACUACGUUGAGGUUCUUGCUGGGGGUCGCCACUGCCGGCACCAUGGUGAUCUCCUUCGUUAUCGUCAUGGAAUCCGUCGGACCCAAGUACAGGGAGAUGGCAGGGUGUCUGUUCCAGAUACCCUUCAUCAUCGGUCACAUGACAGUGCCUCUCUUCGCUUACUACUACAGGAACUGGGACUCGUAUACGCUAGCGCUGGCGGUGCCCACCCUCAUCUACCUGGGGUACUUCUUCCUGCUAUCGGAGUCGCCGCGUUGGCUGGUCAGCGUCGGCAGGGUGGAGGAGGCUACCAUCAUUGUCACCAAAGCUGCCAGCAUGAACAAAAUGCCAACGACGAAGAUCCGGGAAUCCCUGACUUCAAUGGCCGAUGCCAUCAAGAGUAGCUCGGAGCAGCCCAAGCCCAACUACUUGCAGCUCGUGCACAGCUCACUGAGGACCAAGACCAUCUGCUGCUGCUUCAUCUGGCUGAUCACUGGCGUCACAUUCUUCGGCCUCAACCAGUACAUCAGUCAGACCAGCUCCGACCCGUUCGUGUCAGUCGCUGCAGCUGCUGCUAUCCAGAUACCAUCAGUAUUACUGUCUAUUUGGUUGAUGCGGUACUUCGGGCGGAAGGCUACGACUGUGGGCGGGUCGUGCCUGGGCGGGCUGUGCGUCAUCACGCUGGGCUGCGUGCCGGACACCUUCGCGCUACAACUCACCUUGGGCAGUUUAGGAGUGAGCUGCGCUUCAAUAGUAGCUACCACCAUAUACAUCUUCACUUCAGAGCUAUAUCCUACCGUAGUCAGGAACAUGGGAAUGGGUGCUUCCUCCACCGCCAUGAGAAUAGGAUCCAUGGUUGCACCGUUCAUUUCCAACACUUCGGCCAGCGUGCCAUGGCUGCCUACUGUGGUGUUUGGAGUAGCCCCCAUUGCUGCCGGGGCCAUGUGCCUAUUGUUGCCAGAAACAAAGGGACGCCAACUGUUGGACAGCAUCGAGGAAGUGAAAAACGAAAAAUAGUGUUUAAGAGAACAUUUGCUUGGAGUUGCAACAAGUUACCUUCCGAGUCUUGUGACUGCGUACCUAAAAUAAAAUGGAGACGCCAACUGUUGGACAGCAUCGAAGAAGUGAAAAACGAAAAAUAGUGUUUAAAGAGAACAUUUGCUUGGAGUUGCAAAAAGUUAUUUUCCGAGUCUUGUGACUGCGUACCUAAAAUACAAUAAUAAAGUGCGAGUUCCGAGAUUCCCACCGCGAGGUUCCGUACGUUUAACAACAUAAAUGGUCCUAUAAACCUUUUCUUCACGUUAACUUGGAAGCUUAGUCUUUUCACAGCUUCAAUGGACCAUAGACCUGAAUAUAUGGUUUUAAUUUCAACCUCCACACGUUACCCUGAUAAAGAAUCUUGUCAGGCAGACUGACGGACAGACGGAAAACAAAGUGAUCCAAUAACGGUUAAAAUACACAUUGACGUUUCAACGACAUUAAGACGAAGCCUGUAAAGAUCCAAAAUGUCUAAAAUGAUAAUACGAGCUGAUAAAUCGCGCUUUACAAUCGUUCAAUGUGUUUUGUCAAUUAAUAGAGGUACCCUGCUAUUUCAUUCGCGUUUAUUUGGGGAAAAAGGUUAUAGUGAGUCAAACUUGAAAGAUGAACGUUUGAUAACAAUUCCCCCGUCCAUAUUUUUUGUAUAUAUUUAUCCUUUUAGGCAGCGCUCGCAACGAAAGCUCUCAAACGGAAUAUUAUUUCCCCGUUUCUGUAACAUUUUUCAUCCAUGCACCACUCCUACCAGCUAGCAUAGCCGUCCUCGAUAAAUGCACUAUCCAACUUUUUCAAAUCGGACCAUUAGUUCCUUAGAUUAGCACGUUCUAUCAAACAAACAAACAGUUCAGCUUUAUAAAUAAUAUUCGUGAACCAGAAUUGGUCACAAAAUCAACAAAAACGCGCGCGAAGCCGCGGUCAAGAGCUAGUUUAUUAAAAUUAACAAAUAAAAGAAAAAAGAAGAAGAAAAAGAAACAUAAUUUUAUUUGAGACAUAACAACAGUAAAAGAAUAUAUAAAAAAACACACACACACAUCUAAAUUUCUUGUAUCAAAAUGGCCCCAACUCAGCAUGAUGCUGAUAUUGCCAUCAGCGCUGGUCUUCCGUUGGAACGGGUUCAGUGACGACAAGAAACAGUAUCAGUAAAAAAUAAUCAUAACAAUAAUAAAAUCCACGAACACAAGGUACACAUAACUAGAUUAAUUAAAAAAAAAUGUGAUUAUGUAAUUUAAUUAGAUUUUAUAUUUUUCAUGGCUAGUUUUUAUUAUAAAUAUGGCUUUUAUUGUAAAUAAAUGCAACCAUUUAAUAA